ACGCAUCCAGGACAUCGACACAUAAGUCGCCAAUCUCUCCAGCACAUAUACUUGUUUUCGCUUCUCGACUGAACAGCUUGCAAUUGAAGCGUAGACUUGAUUUUUAAACAUCUAGCUCCUGAAUUUACGCAAAUUUAACGAAAACCUUACAUUAGAGAGGAUUAGUGUUGAUUCGAAGUGUAUUUUUACGGCUAGCCCUCAGCUACGAAAAAAAAAAACAAACACGGAGCGCGAUUUUUUUUAUUUUCUGACAGACAAAACUCCAUUUAUAAUCAACCAGACCACCUUUUUUACUUUCAUGGACGACGAAAAAACACCUUUAAUUAACCGAACACAGUCCCUUUUUUAACAUAUUUUCCACUUCCUCGCUAAGCUAGCAACUCCAAACAAAGAAAGGGAAGCAGCUCUCGUUACCUCGUCACAUCUGGUCAACUUUUAGGUCUUAUUUAACUACAAAACCUACUUUGUUUAGUAUAUCUGGGUAGAAGAACAUCAGAAAUGGCCCAGCAAAGCAGUGCUCAGGUUGCCAGUUCCCAGAAAGCUUUAAUGUUGGAGAUGAAGAGUCUACAGGAGGAACCAGUGGAAGGCUUCAAGAUCACUUUAGUGGAUGAAGCGGAUCUCUACAACUGGGAAGUGGCGAUUUUUGGACCUCCAAACACUCAUUAUGAAGGGGGGUAUUUCAAGGCUCGCAUUAAGUUCCCGAUCGAUUACCCUUAUUCUCCGCCCACUUUCAGAUUCCUCACCAAGAUGUGGCACCCCAACAUCUAUGAGAACGGUGACGUGUGUAUCUCCAUUCUUCAUCCUCCAGUAGAUGAUCCACAGAGCGGAGAACUGCCCUCAGAGAGGUGGAACCCAACACAGAAUCUCAGAACUAUCCUGUUGAGUGUCAUCUCUCUCCUCAAUGAACCCAACACGUUUUCACCAGCUAACGUGGAUGCUUCUGUCAUGUACCGCAAAUGGAGAGACAGUAAAGGAAAAGACCGGGAAUAUGCAGAGAUCAUUAGGAAGCAGGUCCUGGCAACUAAAGCAGAGGCGGAACGGGAUGGCGUUAAAGUUCCCACCACCCUGGCAGAGUACUGCGUGCGCACACGUGCCCCCGCGCCAGACGAGGGGUCCGAUCUGUUAUACGAUGAUUACUAUGACGAUGAGGACUUGGAGGAUGAGGAUGACGAGGACUGUUGCUAUGAUGAGGAUGACUCAGGAAAUGAGGAAUCAUGAUGACAUUCCCAUUGUGGUCUUCAUCAGCAUCACUUUAAAAGUUGAAAUGUUAAGGUAUUCGCCCUGCAUUUACAUUCACUCAGAUGGCCAUUUUCUUUCUCUAAAGGACUAAUAUGAUGAUGUUAAGGUUUGUUUUUGUUUUAUUAGCAUUAUGUUUGGCCCGUGUCAUGAUUGUGCUGGCCUUCAGCUUCUAUUCAAUCACCUCUUCUUUUUUGGCUUCUUGCUUUCAGAUAGCUCUGUGAACGUCUCUUUCUAAAAAGAAUGAGUGUGACAGUGCACCCAAAAAAGAAAAUUCUGUCAUUUACUCGCCCUCAUGUUGUUUCAAACCUGUACGCCUUACUACUUUUUGUCUUGCUUUCAGCCUUGGUCACCAUUCACUUUCAUUGCAUCGUUUUUUUUCGUACAAUGAAAGUGAAUGGAGACUGAAGUUGAACAUUCUCCCUUUUGUUUUCCAUUGGAGUAAGUCCAAUGGGUGGGGACAUUUUUGUGUGAACUGUACAUUUUAAGGUUCGAGUGAUUAAUUAAAAGAAGCUUUAUUCUGAAUACUGCAGAUUAUAUCUGUGAUCUUUGGUAUUGCUUUUAAUCACUUGGAUCACCCACAUGCAGUUUCUUUUUUUGGCCUUCAGCAGGUCUGAACAGUCAAGCAAUAUAAAGCUAAUGGAGUUUGGGGUCAAGGUUUUCUAAAUCUAAUUUUGUUUUCCCCCUUUAUUAUUUGGAAGUUACUUUGAGGAAGCCCUGAUAAAAAUGCGAGUAUGGCACGUUGAUAAACUUUUGGCAUUGUAAAAAUUAAGGGAAAAGAUAUUUCAAUGUUGAGGCCUAAUUCUGAAAUGUGCUUAAAAGCCACUCAUUAUUUAACUUAUAGUGUCACUUUAAAUUGUUGUAAUUAUGUAUUUCAUAGUCCAUAUAGGACCUUACCAGAAAAUGGAUAUAAUCCAAGUUAAUUGGGUGGGUUGGUGAGUGGAUGUUUAGACUUUUCUGUUGAGCUGAGUUUAAAAAAAAAUAUAUAUUUUCAUUGCUGAUAUUCCUGUGUUGUCCUCUCAAGUGAAUCUUAUUUAAUCUGUUCUUUUUUUUUUUUAAUUAUUCUUAUUAUUCACAGAGGAUGUAUGAUUAUUCUUUGUCAUUACUAAAGCGUUAAAUCUUUCAUCUGGGAUGUAGGGUGACUUGUGGACUAUUGAAUGAUUGUGUUUUUUUCUUUUGCAUUAUUGCUCAGUAAAAUUAUGGCACAUCCUGCAAUGUGAUGUCAUAUUUGAAACUGUCCUUUUCGCUCCCUGGAGGCUGGAGAAGGCUGGUGUCCCUCUCACUUUGGAAUUUGAAUUCGAGCUCUUACCGACAGACUCUCGUGAUAAGCAAAUCGGAAAAGGAAAAUUCCAACAAAAAUAAAUAUUUUAUUUCACACCUGCAAGUCAUCCAUAUUUUCAAGAUUGUCAAAAGUGUUUUGUGGACAAUUUACAACCGUAUCCCAUGAGGCUGAGAUGCACACAAGGAGAUUCGGCUGAUUUGUCAUUUUAUUUGAACUGUAUGUAUUUUUAGGGUUUGUUGGCCUAUUUAAAACUGAAUAAAGAUCUUUAUUAGAA